AUGGCUCCAAUAUACGUCUGUCAUCAAGUCUCGCCAAUCGUCUUGCCACGCGGUGGAGGACGUGCCGACGAAGUGCGAGGGGCGCGACGACCGAUGUUUAUGCUGACGCGCGUAGGGUGGAUGAAGCGGCCAGAUUUGAGGCUGGCGUGGCAGGGGAAGCUUGCCAUCGCCAUCCUCAUUUUCAUCCUCAACGCCAUCAUCAUCUUCUACAUCAUUGAGUUCCGCCGGCUACUAUUCUCGCUUAGGAUCAACCAGUACAAGAAGGGACCCCUCGUCUCCGAGAAGAAGGAUAUCUUGGCGCAGGCUCGUGACCAGGACAUCCAAAGGGUGUGGGAUACUGGGGCGACACCGUCCACGGCCUUAACGACUACCUCAAUACGCUUGGCAUCCAUUGGGACGACGGCGAUCACAACCGGCCAGGACUCCACCAAGUCGAUUGAGGCGGUGAUGACCAAGAUGAAUCCGGCUGUGCGCGCGCGGAAUAAGAAUUACCUGCGCAACGCUGUCUUUGUCGGGAAGACGGAUUUCAGGAAGACGCCGAGCUACCUGCUACUCGCGAUUUCGGGUGUCCUCGUGGCAUCCACGGUCCUCAGGCUCCUUACUGCAACUCGCACGCCUGAGAUGAAAGACAAGUUCCUUGCUACACUUUGCUACACUGAAGGCGAAGAGUCGCUGCGUCGAAGAAAUGAUUCACUCGCUGCCUGGCACUGUGACAACAAGCGCAAGUUGAUCUUCGUCAUCUGCGACGAUAACAUCAUCGGUAGCGGUAAGGACCGGACGACCCUACGGAUUGUGUCGGACACUCUUGGUGUACCCGAAGGUCGACCCAACGUGUUUUGGCAGAAGCUUCGGCGGAUCGCCGGCUAA